AUGAUGAUGAUCUACGGCGCACUCAGCCUUGCUGGGAUCUCGCUCGCGUCGACGGUCUCCGCCGCGGCUGCCAGCUCCAAGGGAAACCAGACCUGGACCGGCCAAUUGGGCUACGGCCGAUUCCCCUGCGGCGUCAAGACCUCAUCCAGUGGAUGGGUUAGGAAUCAAACCAUGUGCAAGUACUCACUCCUCGUGUCUCCGUAAGUUCGGUUCCGCGCCCGAGCCGGGAAACACUCCAUCGAUGAAGACUGAUAUCCUUGCGUUAUUACCAGCGGUGCGAACACCAACAAUACCGCGGGGAACCAAGGUGACGGUCACAAACCCAAAUCGACCAAGUGCACGGCCGACGGCAACGGCUACUGGUACUGCGGCAUUGCCAACGCGAUGUAAGCCCGAUUGGAAAACGCUCCUCCGUUCGCUGAGGGCUAGUGAGAGAUCCGAUCCGGCAACUAACUACUUGCGGCCGAUCGAAUUUUCUCUGUAGAUGCUCAACGGACAGCAACUGCGACAAUGGCAGAUGCGUCAAGGGAAUUUGCGCGUGAGUAAAGGCCCAAGUGCUACUUGUAUCUGUUCAAGUGCUGACUGCAUCAGCACGCCGCACGUCAAAUAGGAGUGGCUUCGAUGUCAAGUGCGGCGGCGAUGAGUGAGUCUCGUCGUUGAGCAUCCUCCUUGCGAACUGCAAGCCUUUGACCUCUGUGCUGAUCCAUGUUCCACAACCCAACAGCACCAAGUGCUCCGGCGACCUUUACUGCAACGCGGCCGACUACUCCAAAACGAGUUCGGGCACCUGUGGUGGCCGCGGUGCUUUCUGCCAGGCAAGGCGGCUCACGUAGAUUGCACUUUCAGAAGUCACUUGAUUGACGAUCUUCACCGUCAUCUGGUUUGUUCGGGAUUACACCACCGGCAGCACGAACUACACGGCAGUGUCGAAUUACAAGAUCUGGAAUGCCAGCUGCAAAAGCGGAUACUGCAACACCAUGACGGGCAAUUGCGACACGCACAAGAAGCUUGGACAGGUCUGCAAAUCGGAUCCCGCAUUCGUGAGUGAUAUGACCGAUCGAAGUGAUCUCCGACUAUGCGAUUUUCGAUAUUCUCACUGAAGCACUUCGUCUUUUUUGUUGCCCAGGCUUGUGAGACCGGCCUCGAGUGCGUCAAGAACAAGUGCGCCAAGUCCAAGAAGUCGAUGAGGGCAAAGCGAAACACCCUGUCCAAAGAGGUUCAUCACCCAGCCGUUGUCGAGUCCCACCGACGAAGAAAAGUCUAG